GGGGCAGAGCCGCAUCGUUUCUAAAUGGCGGAGGGGAGCGUCAAUCAGGUGGCGUCACCUCAUUCCUUGCUGGCAUUUCUGCUUGUGCUCGAGUCGCUGUGAUGGCGGCUCCCCGGACUUCCCAUCGGGUUGAAUGGUAGGCUCUGUGUUGAUGGCGGAGUCAUGCAGAUCGGCGGCGGCUUGUCGGUGCAUCAGAUCCUGAGCCUGGGCUUGAUCCCCCGGGUCGGCAACACGACCUGCCCUGGAAACGUCACUACAUCCUUAUGCCAAUUCUCCGAGAUGUGGUAUGGAGUGUUCCUUUGGGCUUUGCUGUCCACAGUUUUUAUCUAUGUUCCUGCUGGAUUCCUGGCAUUUGUAAUGCUGCGGCACCACAAAUAUGGACGUUUCAUGUCUCUGGGUAUCCUGGCUGGAAUCCUGGGACCAAUCACUGCAGCAGUGUUGACCAGUGCAGCUAUUGCUGGUGUCUACAGAGCUGCUACAAAGCAAAUGGUGCCCCUGGAAGCUCUGGUUUUGGGAGUCGGACAGGUAUUUUUCAUCGUUGCAAUAGCCUUUCUGCGAAUUUUAGCAACUUUAUAGCAGUAGGAGAUCUGCUCAUCCAAGAGGACCUUCUUCCUCCAAUUUAUGGCUGCAUAUAGGUUGCACCAUUUCCUGUGACUCCAAACCAGGAUCCACGCCAAUCAAUGCUGCUCAACUAACAGGAAUUGGCAACAGCUUAGAUGUUGUGGAUUUCCGUGGAUUGCCAAGCUCAAAGAACAAAGGACGUAUGCACUAAUUUUUGUUGACUAUUUCAAGUGCUCAGAUUUGUUCUUUGUUAUAAAAAAAAUUCAAAGCCAAAAGAGGUAAUUGUCUACAUGCAUAUCUUUUAAUGUCAUUUUUUUGGAUGUUUCAAGUUGUACAGGUGUCUUUAGUGUGAAGGCGUAUUAUAAGGUAUGCAUAUUUAUUGUAGGAUUAGAAGGUCAGACUACAGAUUUUCUUUGUGGAAUACAGAAACUAUUUUGAUUCAGCUUGCCACAUUUCCAUAUUUCAGCAAUUGGGUAAUAAUGAAAAGGCAAAUAAACCCUUCCAUCUGAAGGUUACCAAAGGCUCAGCAACUUAAGUAUAUACCCAAGACAACUGAAGUAUUGCAGCUUCAUGGCUUAAGCAAGGUGAACAAGUCCUACUGUACCUAACAACAAUAAUGGACUCUCUUCCGAGUUCCUCUUUUUAUAGUUUAUUACAAGCAAUUUCACAACUUCCUUUUUUGAGAAAUAAAAACUGAAUAGUUGUGUUUGACAGUAAUUAUGAAAUGCCAUCAUUUGUACCUAGCAAAGAGUUCAUGAUUUUAUCCAGUCCUCAUUGUGUAAUCACUGACUUAAAUACACACUGGUAAAUGUAUCUUAUUUAUUCAUUCCCUGUUUUCAUUGUACAGAAAAUUAAUUAAAAUCUAGAGUUCUGUGAUAUUAUUGAUUUACAUGUAUAUUGAUGGUAAAACAGAAGGUGUUGAGUUUAUUUUUUAGUAACAUUAAUAGCCAAAAUUAGGGCCCAGGGCAGCCCUAAGUUCCUGUGAUCAUUCAUUCGGCUUCUUUAAAGAUUUCAAAUGAACAAGUGUGGUUUUCUUAAUGUAGACUUGCUGCUGCAAGUAUUUUUGCUGAGCCAAUGAACAAGAAUGUCAUCUACACGCCAAGCUAAUUACGCUGGUACUCAUGCUUGAUUACACAAGUUGAAAGUAGGGCAUGACUUUGGAAGUGAGAUGCAAUAUUGAUGAAGACAGUGUGUGGACUGUUUCACAUUUUGAGUUGCAACUUAGGAAAAAGGAUGUCUUUUUAAUGAACAGCAUUUGCCUUCAGCUUGUUUAACUGCAGCAGUCACUGUGCACAUAUAUAUACAAUUCAGGUGUGCCAACUAUUUUAAUUUUAAUUUUUUCUAGUAUUUAAAAUCAACAACCAAUUGAAUAUUUGUACACUUUGAGAAAAUCUCAUUUAUAUUUUCAUGUUCAGCCUGCCCAAGUUGAAGCACUCGGUUAGUUUGUCUAUUUAGUACUGCGUGUUCUCAAUUGUUCUUGGGUCUGGUUUAGAAUGAUAGUGAGAAAAGGAGUCUUCUAACCUGUAUUGUGCUUGCAUUGUUGUCUUCAUUUGACCAUUCUAUUGCCUUUGGCAAAAUGUACCAAGCAUUUGUAUAGCUGUCCAUGUGAUGUGUUGUUACCUCAGCUUUCACCAUUUGAACAAGCAUCUCCAAGUUGUAAUAUUCUAAUAGUUUUGAACAUUGUUUCUAUUUAUACCAUGUAUGGUGAUAUAAUUACGAUGAAAUAAUAUAUUUAACUGUUGUAAAAACAGUAACAGUGAUGAAUGGGCUACAUUAACUUAGACUGACUGUUGUUUGCAGUAGAGUCCAGCACUAAUGUGCUUGACUAGGAAGUACAGGGUAAGGAUUUGUAUUAGCACUUUAAUCACACCCUUUCUGGAUGUCAGCUAUCCUGGGGAGAUAAAAUGCUCCUUCACUGGAAGUGAAUCACAAUUGGCUAAUGCAUACUGUUUCUAGAUUCGGGUUAUAAAAUGGCAAUAAGAGACUCUAGGUAAGGAGUUGCUUGCUUGCCCCUCGCCUGGGAUACAGUGAGUGAUUGUGGGGGUGGAGGGAAUGGGACCAAAUAGCCCAAAUAUUCUUGACUUUUUUUUUACCAGAUUUAUGGUUCUACUCUUCCCACUGCCACUAUUUACUCUACGCGGUCCUUUUCUUUCCCUUCCUUAUCCUUCAUUUGUUUCUUCUAUUAUCUCUUUACUGUUUAUUUCCUGGCCCCCAUCUCUUUACCCUUCAACUCUCUCUCCUCUUCAUUUUGCUGUCAUUCUCCAUUAGACAUGAUUAUGUACUGAUUUUGUUUAUUAAAAUUCACUUAUGGUGGGGGAUUGCUUCAUUUUUUUAAAUGCAUAUUUGAAAUCAGAAAUAUCCCAUGGAAAUCACAAGUCAAAUGGAAUUCCAGUGACCCUUAAAAUAUUAGUAAAACCCCCAUGUAAUGAGCACGGAUUUGACUUACUCACUAUAAAGCAUUGGCCCUGCUAAUGAUGAACAGCGGAAGACUGAGUAAACUCACUUAUCAGAAAGAUUUCCCUUUCCUGAUGUUAUACUCAAAUUCCACUGUUUUUUCUCUUAACCAGAGGAGUAUUUCCACAUUCUUUUUUGUUUCAUCACAAAUUUGCUUACAAAGUAAUGCAUUCUUAACAGUGGUGAUACAACUGGUGCACUGGGUAGAAUACAGUAGUCUGCAAUACUGUGCCCACAGUCAUUUAUCUAGUGCCUGUAAUAUAGUCUGUGUUCAAAGUAAGUUUGCACCUUAAUUUUGGUGUUGGUCACAAGUUUAAACCACAUUAGCAAUUAAUCAUUGUCACUUGCAUUCAUUGUAAGCCCAGUUCACUUGAGUUAAUUAUCCCUUUUAUAUAGCACUCAAUGUAUGUAGUGGAAGCCUGUAACCAGUAACUUCUCUUUCUAAGUGAGUUGUUCUGGUAAAAUCAAAUAAGGUUGACUAAAUUUGAAUGCUCCUUAAAUAUGUCUAACAAUGUGAAUUUAAGCAUUUAUUAUGAGUUUUUACUGCUGUGUAAUGAUCAAAUGUUUGUUUUGAAAUUUAUAUUGUCAACAUGGGGAAAUCAAAAUUUUUAUUUUUCUACUUACAUGGCUAAUUUUGGUGACAUUUGCUGGUAAAUAUAUUUAUACAAAAAUAAAUUUUGUUAAAUUGGCAA